UUUACAUAGCAACCGCUCCGACGUUGACUCACAAGCUCUGUUACAUGCUAUGUAGCACACAAUCUGCUCUGUUGCAAUGUAUCUCUUUUAUUCGCUGUCUUGCAUUGUCUCGCUUGUCACGUUGACGUUUCUCGAGUUAACGUUGUCAGGCGUUGCCAUUUCCACGAUUUCCCACCCGAUAAAGGAGGUGGACGUAGUUCGUCUAAGAUAUCUUAUUCACGAUGCGUCGACUGGUUCGCCUACCUGCAUCUUGUUUCAAAAUGAGAAAAGUAGAGAUCAGGGGAACACAUCACGUGACCACAUGUCUGUUGAUCGUUUGGCUUCUCUGUGGCAAGAACUUCCAACGUCGCUGAAGUCGUGGCAGCUCGUCGUUCAUGUACACAAGGGUCGUAAUUUCGACGUUCCACCCGAUAGACUGCCUCUACUGAGAUGCUACCUCGCAGGUGGGCUUCACAAGGACACUGAUCUCAUCACAGAGUUACAUACACUGGUCACGUGGUUGAAAUCAGUAAAACGGUUACAUUAUAAAGUUAUGACGUCAUUGAAUCGGAUUUUGUGGUUAACAGUUGAGGACAUCUUGAGUGGAGAGAAACCUAUUCUCUUACUUUUCCAUGGAUUGUCAGUAUCUCAGUUGCUCAAUGGGAUCGGUUCAGUUCUACGAGAAGAAAACAUAGUGGAAGUGAUUGAUGUUUAUGGAACAAAUCAACAUGGAAGAAAACUUGCAGAGCAUUUUCAAAUAUUUCAUUUUCCUUCAGCUAUAGGAUUUAAUCCGAGUUAUCAGGAUAAAGCCACGCCCAUAUUGAGAUUAGAGGGAGACAUAGAAGUCAAUUUGAGGAGAAUACAGGUGUGGGCUGUUGUUGAAGCAAGUGAUGCCGAACACAUGAAAGGAAAUGAUCUUACAGAAAAAGUGUCAAUUGAGCAAAUGAAUGACCCUUUGGUUAUUUGUGUGUAUGGCACUUGGGUUCCUAAUGUCUUACAUUUUAUCACUGCAUUCGAACGAUCUGUUGAUACGUUUCACCAGUGGAAUGUGUCUCUCCAAUUUUCUCUUCUUGAUGUUGGCAAGAACAAACAACAGAUUAGUCAUUACUUUAAUUCUACAGUGUUGACUAAUCUUCCUGCACUCGCUGUCUUCUAUCUCCGUGGGAGUGGUCACCAUGUGACCAUCGAAAGUAACAUACUAUUAAAUGUUAGACCAACUCCUUGGACAGUCUACACAUUCGUCAAGUCAAUAUUGGGAGAUGCAUUGAAAUAUCACGAUGGAAACAUUGUGCAGUCUGUUCCAUGGUUUAAGACGGCCGAUGUUGAAGAGACUCCAUGUGAAACGGUACUGCAAAAUGGACUAGAUAUGUGUCUUGCUUCUGGUAAUGCAAGUGUAGCUGGUCAGCUGGAGGUAUUGGACUCUACUCUUGGUAUUAGUGACUCAACUUCCAUCGUAUCAAAACAUGAAAAUGUCAUUGCUUCAAAUCCACUAGCACAAGCAGUCAAACCUAAACGGAUACCUCCAGCAUCUCUUGGUAAGCAAGUAUCACGAACAUUACAACUUGGAAAGAUUGGAAAUAUCCCUCUAGUGACAACCAACACGUGGAACAUUGUACAACAAAUGGCUUUGACACCGCGAGGUGUUUACAGUAAAAUCAGUUCAAGUACAUACAACCAUCCUCCAUUGAUAUUGAUUGUAUUUAUACAGGAUGGAUGUGGCUAUUGCGAGACACUAAAGAGUGAUUUCAAUCAAUUGGCAAAAUCCAUCGAUUUUAUUCCCAGUGCAGGCAUGUUUAUUGUCAACUGUACAGCUGACGUGUCCCUAUGCCAGCAAGAGGACAUUUCGGGAUAUCCAUCUGUCUAUGUAUAUCGUGGCUUUUCUCAACCCUCUCGUUGUAUUGAGGUAUCUACGCGAUUAGUAGCAAAAAGAAUCCCGUACCAUGAUGUUCUUAGAGUGACCAGCAUUCUCGAGUGGCUGUCUGAUGUCUCAAUGGCCGCCGUCAAGUUUCAUGAUUCUGAAAUUGCAAAUGUAAAGGAAGGGAGUGUACAGCUCGUUGCAAUGUUGUACACUCAAUCUGCUGCUAGGAGAUACUUUCGUUCAUUGCGUGGUGGUUGGUUCCCUUAUCACUGUUUCGUUUCUGUGUGUGAGCGACUGCUAGGUCAGGCUGUAUGUUAUGCGUCGUAUACUCAAGAUGUUGGUGAUCGCACUCAAAGUGAUCUUAUUGUGUCAAACAUCACUCUGUUUCGAAGUGAUGGCAUCCAGGCCACUGUGUUUUCAACCGGACGAUCUCUAAGUUCAACGCUCAAUGACCAUUCUUCGUCUCCACUUCACAAUUUCCACACACCACAUCGUUACGAUAUCACUCCUACUCAAACAUGUGAACAAGACCGCAUCAAAUGCACAGACCUCCUCGUCCGGUAUGUUCGAGAUCACCGUAGACCACCGGUUAUGCCAAUAACAUCCAAAGUUUUCCAUGCCGAUGAAGACCUGCUUUCUAAUCUACCAGUCAUGAUUGCUCUAGCACACGAAUCAAACAUUACUGCAAACAGCAGUUUCUAUUCAGUAUUCUUACUGGUUGCCAAAAAAUUAUACAAUCAAAUGGUGUUCACAACUCUAAAUGUUGAUGUCUAUCCAAGUUGGGCAUCAAGGUUUGUGCCUGUUAACUUCUGGAGUUCCACAAAUUCAAACGAGGUGGUCAGGACGUUCUAUCCUAGGCUGUGCAUUGUGGAGGGGAAAGACCACACGCGAGCCGCAUUUUAUCCACCUAUUCAAGAUGAUGGAUACUUCAUUAAUAGCAAUGCAGAUACUUAUAAUGAGGAAAGAAUAGUUGAAUUUGUUAAGAAAUAUUUAGACGAGCCCAGCAGAUUUCUAGUAAGAACAGAACAUUUUUAGAUAAAAACGUUAGACGUCACAUCAUGCACAACGUGCCAUUAUCUGUACAUUAUCUAUGUCAUGAGUCCAACGAUUAGAAGAGAGUAAUUAUAAAUCUGCUCAUUGUGUGGUGAUUGGUUCCCUUAUCACUGUUUCAUUGCUGU